UCGAUCUAAUGCCAUCUCUAAUUUUGCAAAUUUAAUGACAAGAAGAAGAAGCAUAACAAAAGUAUAUUUGUGUUUACAGUGGAAUAUUCCAAAGACUUAAUUCACAAGCAAAAUUGAAAUUUCUUUAAAUGACGAUGCAGACUCAUUAGAUGCACGACUAAAUCAGCCUGUGCCACAAUAUAGGGAUUUGCAUGCUGGAGCCACAGAUUGAACAUGGAUCCCCAGAAAAUUACGGAAUUGGCCAACCUGCUGCGCCAAAACGGCGACAAAAUAUUGAGCUCCGAAUUUACCUUAACGUUAUCAGGUUCCCUUCUCCGAGCCCUCAACGACUCGUUUACUUUGAUCGCUGACACCGAGGUCUCUCACGACCAGGGCUUUCAAGUGGUCAAGCCCAUCAAUGCCAAGUCCAGCGUGUUCCCCGACUUGCAGCUGCUGCAUGAUUUCGUUCAAAAAACGACGUUGUUGAAACUGACCCACUUUCCCAGCGAACUGCACUUCGAGGGUCCCAUUGACAUCGCCAAGUUCCGAGGCCUGAAGAGGCUGGAGGUGCACAAGAUUAACAUAAACCAGGUGGUGGGCAUCCAGGCACUUCGGGUACAGCUGCAACAUCUUAUUUGCGUUAAGAGUCUGUCCUGCGUGGACGACAUUAUAACGCGGUGCGGUGGCGAUAACUCGAAUGGGUUCGUCUGGAAUGAGCUGCAAUCGGCCGACUUCAGCUACAACAACCUGCGCAGUGUGGACACGGCCCUGGAGUUCGCCCACCACCUACAGCAUCUGAGCCUCCGGCACAACAAACUCACCAGCGUGGCGGCAAUAAAGUGGCUACCAAACCUAAAAACCCUCGACCUGAGCUACAACUGCCUGACUCAUUUGCCGCAGCUCCAUAUGGAAGCUGGCAGACGACUGCUUCUCCUUAACAUUAGCAACAAUUUCGUGGAAGAGCUGCUAGACAUUGCUAAGCUGGACUCGCUGAACAGCCUGGACCUGUCCGACAACUGUCUGCUGGAGCACUCGCAGCUGCUGCCCCUUAGUGCCAUUAUGACUUUAACCACGCUUUGCCUUCAGGGGAAUCCGUUGGCAUGUAAUCCCAAGCAUCGGCUGGCGACGGCGCAGUACCUGCAUAAGCAAACUUCAACGGUGAAGUUUGUUUUAGACUUGGAACCCUUGUCCAAGGCGGAGAAGGCUCUGACGGGCAGCCAAAAGUGGCGCUACAUAGGCCCGCUUAUGCCAAGGAGUAGCUCCGUGUCGAUAAACAGUUCCACCGCCUCCAUCAAUACGAGUGAUGGCUCUCAGUUCUCCAGCUUUGGGUCCCAGCGAUCAGUGUCCAUCAGAGGUGUCCACGACAACUCUUCCGAAGCAGAGCAGUCGGUAGAAACGGAUACAUCGCUGGUUAGCCGGACCUCUAAAAAAAGCAGGAAUCACGUCAGGGUUGCGAUCAUAGAUGACCCCAGUGAGACGGCUCAAACUUCGGCUCGGAUACAGAAGCCUGUGGCAGAGGAGCCAUCUGUCCUUAAGACCCUGGAAUCAGAGGAAUGGCUGGAUGGUGGUGCUGAGCAAUUGCUGCGCAUGGCUGCGUCCCAGACCACUGAGGAGGAGAUCAUUCAGGGUCGCCAGCGGUUCGAAGAGUAUAUUGGCGGGCUAUCCGAAUCUUCGCAACUAAAAGCAGAUCAGGACGAGGAAGAGCACUUCAACAUUAGCUCCACGCCGACUAACGCGGCUCUUGGUACACAUUUCGACACCACCCUGACUCCUAUAAAGCCUGGCUCCGGAAAUGUGACUGAGCAAACUUUGUACGAGACCUGCGAAGAGGGUGAGAAUACCCAAUACGAGAGCAUCAAUGAUAGCGCCAAGGACCAAUCAAAGGAGGAUCAAGAGCCCGACAAGCACACUAAAUUGCUUAGCCUCUAUGCCAGCAGUCCAGAUGCUACUAACGAAGAAAAUCCAGUUUCGGAUGCGGAACCCGACGAGGAAACAUAUAUAGUCUAUAGCGAACAAAAGCCAAGUGAACCACUGUUCCUUACCAUAUCUUCGAACUUUAUUCGCGAAAAGGAUACACUUAGUGAACGAACCAUUACUAAGUGGAGUCUGAAAGUUCUGGAAUCCUGUGAGCGUGUCAAGUCUAAUACACUACGAAUAAUUUUCAACACAAUUCGUCAGGAUAAAAGGGAGCGCAUAUAUUGUGUUGAGAAUACAUUGUGUCAGGAACUGGAAGGCAAGCUCCGCAAUAUCCUCUCGCAGCGCGAUCUCACGGAAAUGAACAUUGCCAUCUAUCGCUGCGUAAACUGCAUGACACAGUUUACAGUGGAGCAGAAGACCAAACGAUACAAUACGGAUGGCCUGCGUUGUCCUGACUGCCGGAGUGUGUAUGUGACAGAGGUCACGGACUUGUCUUCUUCGAUGGAAAAGCCAAAAGUGGAAAUUACGCCGGAACCGAAAAUUUCCCCAGCACUGAUUGUGGAAGAGUCGCCGGUGACGACGCCCAUUUUAGCGUUAAAUAAGGAGGAGAAUAACAGCAUUGUGGCCAACUGCAGGCUAACAACCGCUAAAAACACACCAAAGCAUAGGAGUUUGAUGCAAACCACCAAAAGUUCCGCCAAUUCGCUAAAUGACAGCAGUUCCUGCUCCAAGAUUACAAACUCACGGAGCUCCUUCGACUCCAAUCAGUCGGUCGUGGGCAGCUCGAACACGGACCGGGAUCUGGAGUUCCGGGCCAAUGAGAGCGAUGUGGACAUCAUCUCCAAUCCGAGCCAGUCCAGCAUUGAAGUGCUGGACCCGAACUUUGUGCAAAGUGGUAGUCGCAAGGCUUCUGAAGAGCGUCGUCUAUCCCAACUAUUGGAUCUUGCUCCGCCCAGCGACGCAGUUCGGCAAACUCAGAAUUUCAUGGAGCGAGAAGUGGAUCAGUUGUUGGCCGAGCGGAGCACCACCCAGCCAGGAACACCAUCUACAGCAGACACAGUGCUUGAAGCAGCACCGCCUGUGGCCCAAGUUCAGCUGACAGAGAGCAGCUCAUCGGGGUCGGUGACGGACAGUAUAUGCACCUCCUACGAGCAACAGGGAAAGGAUAAGCUUCAAAACCUUCCAAAUUCUCCGCUCACUGCAUCGGGAAGUAGUCAGGCUAGCGUGACAACUCCAGAUGCCAAUGGCCAGACCAAGGCAACCACUGAGGUCGGCUCUCAGCCCUUCGCAUCCGUCUUCCAAUCAACCAAUCUGCUCAUGUCCAGCUCGAAGAAGCUCAUCGAGUCACAGGCCAUCGCCUCCGGGGCCCAGCCAUACAAGUUCAACUACAGCAACUUUAGCGACAUCGAUCACCGGCUCAAGCUGUACUUCUACCAGAAUAAGUUCAAGCUAGAUGGGGAGCACAUCAAAUGGCUGGCCAAAGGAAGGGUCUACAACGAGCAGACGCAGGUCCUCGGAGAAGGGCUCUUGGUGAUGUCCACCAAGAAAGUAUACCUGAUGGAGACUUUUGCAGCGCCCGAAGACGACGUGGCCAAGUGGCUACGCCAGACCGUCAGUGUAACCGUAGAUCGGCUGGCGACUGUUCAGCUGUUGCCUUGGAAGUUGGGUCUCUCGUUCACCAUCGGCGGUUGGGGCGGAUUUUCGCUGCUGAUGCUCGACAUGCUGAGGACUGACAGCUUACUUCUGUACCUUCAAGAUAACCCCUUGCCAGGGCAGUGCAAGCUAAGUCAACAGCCAUCCCCGGCGCUCAGUAACUACCUGCAGGCGAUUGAGGCCGAGCCAGUAAAGAUAUGCGCUCUUCUACCCCGCUGCCAAUGGACUUGUGGCCAGGAGCAACAAAGCUUUGAGCCAUGCAUGCUCCUGACCACCGCCACCCAUCUCUACAUCUCAGGGAAGGGCAAGUUCGCUUGGCUAUCGUCGAAGAAACUGGAUUCUUCUCCGCCACCAUUAGAAUUUAGCCUCACGCAGCCUAUGAGCAACUUGGUGGACGUGGACCAAAUCUCAGAGCAGCAAUACGUGGUUAACUUCAUCGAUGAGACGCAGAACAAGUGCGAGAUCUGGCAACUGCAUUUCGAAACGCCAACCAGCGCCGAAUGCUGCCUCAAUGCGGUGGGACAGGAGUGGGAACGCCUCUUCGGCGUGCCCUUUUCCUACAUGGGGACGUAGUUCUUCGCCCUUUUUUCAGGGGACCAAAUAGUUUAAGGGGACGUAUAUUGUGCAAAACUUUCUAAUUGUUGAUCCCUAUUGAUUAUGUUAUCUAAUAUUCGAUUAGCUUUAUCAUUUGGACCUACCUUACUACAUUUAAACUUUAGCGUAGGUGUUUCAAGUUUUUGACAAUAUUAAUAUGGUGCUAAUCCACA